GUACUCUCUCCAGAGAGAUUUUUGGCCCUGAUCUCUCUCCUCCUUUUAUAUUGUUAACGCGCUUGUUGGCUAAAUUUUAUCAAAGACUUUCCCCCAACAAAAAAAAAAAAAAAAAAAAAAAGUUGAUAUAAAAAGAAAGAAUUGUUUGUGUAUUUUUACUUACUCUUUUUUUUUAUUAUCAUUCAAAAAUGACUACAGAACAAAUCGUUACUCAUCCUGUACCUUCACGUCUCUUGGAUUCUUCUAAAUGUCCUACUCCUUUCAUCGAUUCUAUGGACAAGUACAAAGCUAUGUGGAAAGAGAGCGUUGAGCAACCAGACAAAUUCUUUGCCAAUCUUGCUCGUGAAUUAUUGACUUGGUCAAAACCUUUCGAAACGGUCCGUCAUGGUUCUUUUGAAGAAGGCGAUGUUGCUUGGUUCUUGGAAGGUGAACUCAAUGUGGCUUACAACUGUGUUGAUCGACAUGCCCUUCGCACACCCGACAAGAUUGCCAUUAUCCACGAAGGUGAUGAACCUGAUCAAGUACGCAAUAUUACCUAUGGCGAAUUAUUACGUUUAGUCUGCCAAAUGGCCAAUACUCUUAAGAACUUGGGUGUACGUAAAGGUGAUAGUGUUGCUAUCUAUAUGCCUAUGAUUCCUGAAGCCAUCGUUGCUAUGCUUGCCUGUGCUCGUAUUGGUGCUGUUCAUUCCAUUGUGUUUGCUGGUUUCUCUGCUGAAUCAUUACGUGACCGUGUGAUUGACUGUUCGGCUCGUAUUAUUAUCACUUCUGAUGAAGGUCGUCGUGGUGGUAAAUCAGUAGCCACGAAGCGUAUUGUAGAUGAUGCACUUCGCUCUAACCAAACUCAUGUCGAGAAUGUGAUUGUCUUUCGCCGUACAGGUUCUCCUAUUGACUGGGUUGAAGACCGUGAUUUAUGGUGGCAUGAAGAAAUAGCCAAGGCAAGAGCCUUCUGUCCCCCUGAACCUAUGAAUGCUGAAGAUCCUUUGUUCUUACUCUAUACUUCUGGUUCAACAGGCACUCCUAAAGGUAUCUUGCAUACCACAGGUGGCUAUCUCUUGGGUGCUGCUGCUACUGUCAAAUAUAUCUUCGAUUAUCAUGAAGGUGAUAUCCAUGCUUGUAUGGCUGAUAUUGGUUGGAUCACAGGUCAUACUUAUAUUGUCUAUGGUCCUAUGGCUCUUGGUGCCACUACCGUUUUGUUUGAAUCUACUCCUACUUACCCUGAUCCUAGCCGUUUCUGGUCCCUUAUUCAAAAGCACAAAAUCACUCAAUUUUACACUGCUCCUACAGCUAUCCGUGCUCUUCGUCGUCUAGGUGACAAAUGGCUUGAAAACUACGACUUGUCUAGUCUCCGUGUGAUUGGCUCUGUUGGUGAGCCCAUUAACCCUGAAGCAUGGGACUGGUAUAAUGAAAAAGUAGGCAAAGGUCAAUGUGCUGUUGUCGACACUUACUGGCAAACAGAAACAGGCUCUAUUAUCAUCACACCUUUGCCUGGAUCCCACCCUACCAAGGCUGGUAGUGCUACUUUGCCUUUCUUUGGUAUUCAACCCGUCAUUCUUGAACCCUCUACUGGCAAGAUCAUUGACGCUGUGCAUGAAACAGGUGUCUUGGCUAUUCGCCAACCAUGGCCCUCUAUGGCUCGUUCUGUCUAUAACAAUCAUCACCGCUUCCUAGACACUUAUUUGAAACCUUAUCCUGGCUACUACUUUACAGGUGAUGGUGCUUACCGUGAUGAAGAUGGUUAUAUUUGGAUCCAAGGCCGUGUCGAUGAUGUGAUCAAUGUGUCUGGCCACCGAUUGUCUACUGCUGAGAUUGAAUCUGCUUUGGUUCACCAUGAAGCUGUUGCUGAAGCUGCUGUGAUCGGUGGUCAUGAUGAUUUAACAGGUCAAUGUAUCCAUGCUUUUGUCAGUAUCAAGCCUAAUGUCGAUGCCUCUGAAGGUCUAGACAAAGAACUGACUUUGUUGGUGCGUAAGAUCAUUGGUCCCUUUGCUACUCCUAAGCGUAUCUAUAUCGUCAGUGACCAUCCCAAGACUCGUUCGGGUAAGAUUAUGCGUCGCAUUCUUCGCAAGAUUGUCAAUGGAGAGCAGGAUUCUCUCGGUGAUACUUCUACUCUUGCUGAUCAAAGUGUUGUGCCCAAAUUAAUUACUCUUGUUCAUGGCACUAAAUAAACUUGUAUAUUCCCCUUUUUUUUUCUUGAAUUCAUUGUCUUUUACGCGUCGG